AUGUCUUGGGAAGUGCUGCCUGUGGAGGUGCCAGGAGUAGAUCCUGAAAACCUGUCUCUAGAACCGCUGCCCAUGGAGUUGCCAGGAGUAUAUCCUGAAAAGACAUCUCUAGAACCGCUGCCCAUGGAGUUGCCAGGAGUAUAUCCUGAAAAGACAUCUCUAGAACCGCUGCCCAUGGAGUUGCCAGGAGUAUAUCCUGAAAAGACAUCUCUAGAACCGCUGCCCAUGGAGUUGCCAGGAGUAUAUCCUGAAAAGACGUCUCUAGAACCACUGCCCAUGGAGAUGCCAGGAGUAUAUCCUGAAAAGACAUCCCUAGAACCACUGCCUACGGAGAUGCCAGGAGUAUAUCCUGAAAAGACAUCCCUAGAACCGCUGCCUACGGAGAUGCCAGGAGUAUAUCCUGAAAACAUGUCUAAAGAAUUCCUAUCUGUAGAGGUGACAGAAGUAAAUCCUGAAAACUUGUCUAAAGAAUUCCUACCUGUAGAGGUGCCAGAAGUAAAUGCUGAAAAUGUGUCCCAAGAAUUGCUGCCCAUUGAGGUGCCAGAAACACUCUAUUACAUGAAUCCAGGGAAGACCAUGAUGUCAUCAAAGGCAAAAGGACUAGAGGAUGAAGACUCAGACUUCGAUUCUUUGAGAGAUGGUGAACCUCAAGAAAAGAAAGACGAAACUUCUGUGCCAGACAAAGGUGAUUUCAAGAUAGAAUCCUCUCCCUGCUACCUGUUGACCGUAAGGAUCAUCCGGAUGAGAAAUCUCCAGCGAGUGGAUGCCUUAAGCCAGGCUGAUUGCUACGUCUCAUUGUGGCUGCCAACUGCGACAUGUGAAAAGUCACGCACUAAAACUGUGAGAAACUCCAACAAUCCAGUGUGGAAUGAAACAUUCUACUUCCGAAUCCAGAGUCAGGUCAAGAAUGUGCUGGAGCUGACAGUGUAUGAUGAGGAUUUUGCUACUCCAGAUGACCAUCUCCUCUGUGCACUCUUUGAUACAGCUAAACUUCCGAUUGAAAGAACGGUGGUCCUGUACUUUAAGCCUAGCCCAAAUGCCAAGGAGGAGCUAGAGGUUGAAUUCAAAUUGGAGUCCGCUUCUGGUCCCCAUGAAUCCAUUGCUACCAACGGAGUGCUGGUGUGUCGUGAACUUUGCUGCUUGGAAGUUGAAGUGGCAGAGAAGAUGAAGCAAAAAUCAAAGAAAGAGCUUUCCCUCACUGUGAAGGGCUCCUUUGAGGGGACACAGGAUAUCACGCUGGGCCCCAACGGAGUGGUCAACCCAUCAUGUCCCACCAAGUUCCACUACAUCAAGUACGCGGAGCCAACACUGGAUGUCAUGUUGCCAAAGAAGAGGCGCUACCACCCAUGGUCCUGUAAGUUCAGUACAGAGACGGGCUCCCCAGUUGUGAUGCUGAAUUCACUGCCCAUGGGAAGGAAAACGACCAUUGCAGAGGAGAAAAGAUUUGACUUAAAUGUGACAGCACAAACCUGUAAGUGUUCAUGCCACCAAGACCUGGACAUGCGCUUUGGGUUUGACUUGUGUUCAGAAGAGAGGGUUUUCCUGAGGAAAAGAAAGAGAUAUGUAGCAAGUGCCCUCAAAACUGUGUUUCACCUACCACAGGAACUGCAGGAUCAAGAGGUCCCCGUUGUGGCUAUCAUCACGACAGGUGGAGGACUGAAGUCAAUGACAGGAUUGUAUGGCAGCCUCAUGGGACUCAAGAAAUUAAAUCUCUUGGACUGUAUAACAUAUAUCAGUGGGCUGUCCGGCACCACAUGGACCAUGGCCAACUUAUACAGAGAUGCCUACUGGUCACAGAAGGACCUGGACUCACAUAUUGGUGAAGCCCAGAAACAAGCAACUAAAUGCAAGAUGGGCUGUUUCUCUAUGGAUCGCAUGAAGUACUACAACAAGCAGCUUUGUCAGCGGAAAGAAGAGGGAUACAGGACAUCAUUUAUAGAUCUUUGGGGUCUCAUGAUUGAGUACUUACUAAAUGAUGGGAAAGACCCUCACAAACUCUCAGAGCAGCGAGAAGCACUCUGUGAUGGCCAGAACCCGCUGCCCAUCUAUGUGGCAGUCAGCGUCCGGGACAGUUACAGCACCAAUGAUUUCAAAGAGUGGGUGGAGUUCACCCCCUAUGAGGUGGGACUUCUGAAGUACGGCGCAUUCGUUCGCACAGAGAAUUUUGGAAGUGAGUUCUUCAUGGGACGCUUGUUAAAAAAACUCCCUGAAUCCCGCAUCUGCUACCUUCAAGGUAUGUGGAGCAGUAUAUUUUCUGUGAACCUGUUACAAAUAUGGGGACUUUCCCACAAUUCAGAGGACUUCUGGAAGAGAUGGACACAAGACAGAAUAGAAGAAGUUGAUGAAGACCCCGUGUUGCCCACAAGGCCCCAUGAGCUGAGGACUCGCAUGUACACUCCUCCUGGCCCCUUGUCCAGUGCCCUACGAGGAGCAUUGACAGAUCGUUUCUCCGUCGCCCAGCACCACAAUUUCCUGAAGGGCUACCAGCUGCAUAACAACUACAUGGAGAAUGAGCACUUUUGUCAAUGGAAAGACACUGUGCUAGACUCACGUCCCAACCAGCUGGUGCAAAAUCCUGAUCAACUGGGCAUGAUAGAUGCUGGAUUUUUCAUCAAUACCAGCAGUGCACCCCUUUUAAGGCCACAGAGGGAAGUAGAUGUCAUCAUAUAUCUAAGUUAUACGACUGGAUCACAUACAUCGUCUCUAGAUAAGGCGUGUAAAUACUACUCAGAGCAGAAAAUCCCAUUCCCAAAAAUUUCUUUGACUGACGAAGAUAAGAAAAAUCUGAAGGAGUGCUACCUCUUCCAUGAUUCAGAUUUACCAGGAUGUCCGAUUGUGAUUUUUCUUCCCCUUGUGAAUGAUACUUUCCAAGAGUACAAAGCACCUGGUGUCAAGCGCUGUUGCUCAGAGAUGGAGGGAGGACAACUUGAUUUGACCAGCUGCUGUUCCCCCUACUGCAUGUUCUCGGUCAGGUACACCGAUGACAAUUACCGCAAGCUGCUGAAUCUCAGUGAAUACAAUAUCCUGAACAACUCCCAGAUGAUUAUGCAGGCCUUGCAGAUAGCAAUGCAAAGGAGAAGGCAGAAGAUGUGCUGA